AUGACUUGGCAAACGAGUUUGUUAUUGAAGAAACGAAAGAACGGUCCUCCGUUAGGGUUCAAGAAUCUCGGUAAUACCUACUACCUCAACGCCGUUAUCCAGUGCUUAACCUAUACUCCUCCCCUCGCCAAUUUCUAUCUCCGACUUCAACACUCCAAAAACGGCGAGUUCCUAGCGCAGCAGGACAAGAAGAGUGAUUGUCCGUUUUGUCUGCUGGAGAAGAGAAUUGUUCGAUCUCUUAGCAUCGACUCAACCCUAGAUACACCUGGUAAGAUCAUUGGGGGAUUGAAAGUCUUUGCUGAGCAUUUUCGUUUAGGGAGGCAAGAGGAUGCACAUGAAUUCCUUCGGUACAUCAUUGAUGCUUGUCAUAUCACAUGUCUUCUUCUGAAGAAGUUGCAGCAGCAAAGACGGAAGUAUGUGCGAUCUACGUACCAAUUUGCCCAUACCAAAACGCGGUACGAACGUGUACCUGGGACGCUCGGGAUCACGUUUCUAAACCUGAAAUUGGCGUUCCAAAAUUGCAAUUCAAUCGUACCUGAUGCUAUUUGGAUCACGACUUCCUUGAUUCCAAAACGUGUUUGCAAUCGCUUGGUUGCUUGA